AUGGGAAGAGCUCCAUGCUGUGAGAAAGUGGGGUUGAAGAGAGGAAGAUGGACAGCUGAAGAAGAUAGGAUAUUGACUCAAUACAUAGAAGAACAUGGGGAGGGUUCAUGGAGGUCGUUGCCCAAGAAUGCUGGACUCUUAAGGUGUGGUAAGAGUUGCAGACUCAGAUGGAUAAACUACCUCAGAUCAGAUGUCAAGAGAGGCAACAUCACUCCCCAAGAGGAAGAGAUCAUUGUCAAGUUGCAUGCUGUUCUUGGUAAUAGGUGGUCAGUGAUAGCAGGGCAUUUACCAGGAAGAACAGACAAUGAGAUAAAGAACUAUUGGAACUCUCAUCUCAGGAGGAAAAUUUAUUGCUUCAUGAAAUCUUUGAAUGAUUAUUCCUCCUUCCCUCCCACCAUUGACAUUGCUGCAUUAAAAGUUUCCAAGAGAAGAGCACCUACUCGAUCUACUGCACCUAAUAAGAACUUAGAAUUAAGGGACACAAAAGAGGUGAUAAUGCUUCAACAACCAACCAUUCAAAAGAAUAAUGCUGAUCAUGCUGAUCAUGAAGCUUUUAAUGAUGAGGAGUUGGGAGCAUAUGAAUGGUUAGAUGAUGAAAUAAUGAAACUUAGUUACAUGUUUGAGGGUGGUAUGCUUGUAAACUAUGGUGAUAAUAAUAAUGAAAAUGAUGAAGAGGAGAACAAGAGUGUUAGUGAUUGGAACACUACUAGUGCUACUCCACCUCCAAGUUCUUCUUGUUCUUCUUCUUCUGUGAGUUCUGUGUAUGAUUGGCAUCAUCAUCAUGAUAUCCAUUUGGCAAGAGGCAGUGCUCAAUCCUAUAAUAAUAAUCAAUGGGACCUUUUUGAACAAGAUCAGAUCCCUACUACCUUAUGGGGUAGGUAA